CGGUUUGCUGGGGACUUAGGUUUCAGAGGCUAGGGACAAGUCUUCAUUUAGUCACAGGUGGCCCAGGUGAGAAUAUGCAGAGAGGAGGGCUGAGGUGGGACACCCCUUAUUUCACAGGGGGGAAACUGAGGCCUGGAGAUGGAAAGUGAUUGGCCUAUCUUCCUAACACCUUCUCAAAAGAGCACAGGGCCUCUGUUCUGAGAGUGGGUGACUGCUCUGACAUAGGACAAGAAGAAACCCUGGGGACAAUUCUGAAGAGUGGUGAGGUCACUGGAAAUAGGACCGGGGGUGAGGUUUUUGCAGUCCCCCCCACCAGGAGUGUCCAGCAGCGGGCCUGACCCUCCAAACAGGUUAAAAAAUGGGGGUGGAAUUACUGGAUAAAAGAAGGGCUGGGGCUGUGUGUAGUGCAGAGGGGGUCCUUCUUCUACUCUGUUAUCACGACUCUUCACUCUGUGGAUGAGUACCUUUGCACAUGUUCCCUAGCUCCAGUCAUUAAUCCCUGCACUAGGAUGUGGACUCGCUGUACCAGGACUCAGGCUUGUAGCCCUCUCUGAGGUGCUCACAAGCAGGGUAGGGACUCCAUCUUAUUUUUGUCUUUGGGUGGCAGGUGCUAAAUACCUCAUGGGCAAGUUAGUUGCCUCCCUCAGGUUCAGAGUCUUCAUCAUGGGAAUGUUAGUGAAGCUCAAUAAAUGUGUGAUGAUGAAUGCUUGCUCCUGAGGCUGGAGGGUAGAGGGCUGUUUGGUUGGGGUGAGAAUCCCUGAGUAGGGGUCAGCACCCCGGUGGAAGUCAGGCUUGAGCUGGGGUUUGUGAAGGUCCAGUUUACAGCUGCCUGUACCGCUCCCUGCAGCUGUUCCUGGACUGUGCCUAUUGUCACCUGGGGGCAUUGUAUGGCUGCAGCAGGGUGGGGCUGCUUAGCCUCAGGGAGGCCAGGGAGCCUGUGGCUCAGGGCACCCCCACCCGGAAAUUGUGCCUUUGUCAGAGAGAACUGACGGGAGUCAAGGGAGAGAGGGCUCUGAGGCUGUUAGUUCAAGUGGGUGUGGGCUUCUGGCCAGUGUACUCUUGGUUGGGGGGGGAGGGGCGUGGUGGAGUGUAUCACAGGGAAGGGGCUCAGAACAUGAUGUGGGGGGCUCUGAGUGUGUGGUCGCUGGAAGGUGGUGUGGGAGUAUAAUCUCAACCCCCUCCCCCCCCCAAAAAAAAUCUCAAGGGGCCUGUAAUUCUUGUGGGGUGACAAACUCUGGGCUUCUUAAUGGGUGAAGGUCAGAAUGGGAAUUCCGGGGGAGGAGGGAGGGAUCCAGAAUGUGAUGGGUGUGUGCUGGGGUAGGUGGGGUCAGCUCUUGGGGAGGGCAGGGGCCUCUAAUCUCUGGGAGGGGUGAGUUGGGGCAGAGCCGCCAGCCACUGGCCAAUGGGGAGAGGGCCCAUAUUUGCACACAGGAGCCUGCGAAUUCCUCGGGGCUCAGAUGUCCGCCUCUGACACCAUUCCCCCUCCCCCUUUCAGCCCGCCGGGGCAUAAAAGGCGCCAGGUGAGGGCCUCGCCACUCCUCCUGCCGACCGCAGCUCCUAGGGCCAGCGACUUCUGCAUCCUCCGUUUCGCCAUGACUUCUUACAGCUAUCGCCAGUCGUCCGCCACCUCGUCCUUCGGGGGCCUGGGCGGCGGCUCCGUGCGCUUUAGUGGGGGCGGCGCCUUCCGCGCGCCCAGCAUCCACGGGGGCUCGGGCGGCCGCGGCGUGUCGGUGUCGUCCGCCCGCUUCGUGUCCUCGUCCGCCUCCGGGGGCUAUGGCGGCGGCUAUACCUCAUCCUCCACCUUUGGGGGGGGCUAUGGGGGUGGCAUGAGCUGUGGCUUUGGUGGAGGGGCAGGUGGUUUUGGUGGAGGGUUUGGAGGUGGCCUUGGAGGUGGCUUUGGUGGGGGUUUCGGUGGUAGCUUUCGUGACUUUAGUGGUGGCGAUGGUGGUCUCCUCUCUGGCAAUGAGAAGAUCACCAUGCAGAACCUCAAUGAUCGCCUGGCCUCCUACCUGGACAAGGUGCGUGCCCUGGAGGAGGCCAACGCAGACCUGGAGGUGAAGAUCCGAGACUGGUAUCAGAAGCAGAGCCCGACCAGCCCAGAGCGUGACUACAGCCACUAUUUCCAGACCAUCGAAGAGAUCCGGGACAAGAUCCUGGCAGCCAGCAUCAACAACUCCCGUGUCAUCCUGGAGAUCGACAAUGCCAGGCUGGCUGCGGACGACUUCAGACUCAAGUAUGAGAACGAGCUGGCCCUGCGCCAGAGUGUGGAGGCCGACAUUAACGGCCUACGCAGGGUGCUGGAUGAGCUGACCCUGGCCAGGACUGACCUGGAAAUGCAGAUUGAGAGUCUGAAUGAGGAGCUGGCCUACCUGAAGAAGAACCAUGAGGAGGAGAGGAAGGAGUAUGGCAGCCAGCUGGCUGGCCAGGUCAACGUGGAGAUGGACGCAGCACCAGGAGUGGACCUGACCCGUGUGCUGGCUGAGAUGCGGGAGCAAUACGAGGCCAUGGCAGAGAAGAACCGCCGGGAUGCUGAGGCCUGGUUCUUCAGCAAGACUGAGGAACUGAACAAGGAGGUGGCUUCCAACACAGAAAUGAUCCAGACCAGCAAGACGGAGAUCACAGACCUGCGACGCACUCUCCAGGGGUUGGAGAUCGAGCUGCAGUCACAACUCAGCACGAAAGCCGGCCUGGAGAACUCCCUGGCAGAGAUUGAGUGCCGCUACGCCACACAGCUGCAGCAGAUCCAGGGGCUCAUCAGCAGCCUGGAGACCCAGUUGAGUGAGCUCCGUUGGGAGAUGGAGGCUCAGAACCAGGAGUACAAUAUGCUGCUGGAUAUCAAGACGCGGCUGGAGCAGGAGAUCGCCACCUACCGCAGCCUACUGGAGGGCCAGGACGCCAAGAUGGCUGGCAUUGGCACCAGGGAAGCUUUCCUGGGAGGUGGUGGUGGCAGCAGCAGCAGCAGCAGCAGCAAAGUCCGCAUCAAUGUAGAGGAGUCAGUGGACGGGAAGAUAGUGUCUUCCCGAAAGACAGAAAUCUAAGUGCCCAGUGCAGGAGAAACAUCCCUCACCACCCCACCCUUCCCAGGUUGGGCAGAGGACAGGUCUGAGGGGCUGGAAAAGCAAACACCAGUCCCUGCUCUCAGAGAGUGAUCCCCUGCAGAGGGUCCCUCUGCCUCCUAGUUCGGGGCUUUACAUGCUUGCUAUCACCCCUCCAGCUUACCCCCUGUUUCCUCUAGAAUAGAAGGUGGAGGACACAGUGUUGUGUAACCCAGCUCAUUUGCACGGUGUCUGUUCAUGCAAUAAAGAC